AUGGCUAAUAUUGCUAUAAAGAGAGUUCAGAGGGAAUUCAAAGAGGUCAUCAAAAGCGAAGAGGUUUGUGCUUAGUUUGUUUCUUUCGUAAUGGUUUUGCACUGCUCCUCUGUAACUUCGAAAUUUCUGUGUAAAUCUUUCGACUCUCUUUACACGUGAUUGCUUUUAACUAAAUAAAAUCUUGACGUAUAUCUCUGAGUAACAGUUGAAGUGCAAAGUUGAACUGGUAGACAACUCAUACACGAGGCUGCGAGGCGAAAUAGCUGGACCUCCAGGCACUCCUUUUGAAGGUAUGAUUGUUACAGUGCGGACAUGCCCGUGUGCAUUUACAAAUAACAAACACUUUGGAUUUUCAAAAUUUCUCUUCAGAAUACGAGUGAAGUUUUUAUUUUUGAAUCUCGAUUGGCUUACUAAAAUGUGUUUACUGCAGUUGCAUUGGUAACCUCGCAAAUUUCGUAAAGUUGUGAUUAGUAAAGUAGAUUAGUGUGUCUUCCGGGAAAGGUUUGUUUUGAAGAAACCUACAGCAACUAGCUAUGUUACUAAUCUGAAAUAUCAGUGGUUUGUCUGGUUCGAUUUUCAUUGUUGGUUAACUUUCAGAUCCAAUGUAGUGUAGUUGUGUAAUGGCUUACAGCUUUCACUUUACUGCUGGUUGACACCUUUAAUUAAACAAACUUGUUUUUAUGUACAUGGAGCCAGAAAAGUAAGAAACUUUGUGAAGAAGCUAGGGUUAUCCAUUUGUGGCCUGUCUUUUGGGAAAGUUACCCUUAGAGAGGACUUAAAUUAUUUCAGUUGAAUGUUUUUAAAGCAAAUUUGAGUUCUUAAAGAACUCAAGGGUUAAUUUGUGUUUUUAUGACUGAAAGAGGCCUUGUUCAUUUGGUGUAAAGGAAAAGGACUGGAAUAUAGAACCAAGCUCUCUAUAAGGAAUUGGCAAAGGUUUUAACUGUUUGGGCUCCAUGUUUCAUAAUUUACUGAGCCUAUACCUGUUUUUGUAAGUUCACACACCAGGUUAUUGGUCAACACAUUUUGCACUUUUACUCAUCUACCUUUUGUCCACACAAAACUGUUCCAUUUUUAUCAUCUCUAGUGUACCAAGAAAAGUAUUUUGUCAUUAAUUUUAUUUUUUUAUUUCCCAGAUGGAACCUAUACACUGGAUAUUAACAUCCCUGAAACAUAUCCCUUUAACCCACCGAAGGUGAGCUUACCAAUGUGAGCUUUUACAGUUUGUGAGGCUAUUUUAUUCAAUGAAUAAAGGGAUAAGUUUCUUUAGAAACUGUGAUGCUGCAUUGUUGGGACAGUAUAACAAGAUAAUUUGGUAUUAUCAAAUGAGUUGAUAACAUAAGUAGGUCACUGUAUGUUAAUUUAAGCUGAUGUUUCAAAGGUCAGAAGGACUAGUGCUCAAAAUGUCAGCUUUGAAACUCUUUACAGUAGCCAAUUUUUGUUAUCAAGUCAGUUGAUAAUUCCAAGUUCUCUCUUUUAUUUCAAGAACCACCUUUAUGUUUUGGACUUAUGUGAGAUUCACAUUUUUGUUAGGUACAAUUUGUGACAAAAAUUUGGCAUCCAAAUAUCAGUUCAGUUACAGGAGUGAUAUGCCUGGACAUCUUAAAAGAUCAGUGGUAUGAAUUAUAACUUAUGUUUUAAGCUCCUAACCAGCAAACUCAGAAGAAAAAACAAAGUAUUGGAAAGUUUUGGGUGCACUUUUGAACCCUUUUUUGCUCAAGUAGAUAUUUUAGAGUAAGAACUAUUCAUCAUGAUCUCAGAUAAGAGCAGUUUCAACCUCAGAAAUGUAUUUCUGCCAUUCCCAAGAAUAGAAGACAAGUAAAUUGCUCCAAUAUUGGCAUAAACUCUCAUCCAGAAACAACAUGAGUCAUUUACUAAGUAACCUUUACCACCCCUUGAGGUGGCUACUGUCCUCAAUCAAUAAAGUUUAGACUAGUGUAAGUUCCGAAUAAUUGACUUUGGGGACAAAGCUGACAGUUUGGGCAACAGUGUAAUUAUUAAGGCUAGACUUCACAUAUUUUUCAGGGCUGCGGCUAUGACACUGCGUACUGUGCUCCUAUCAAUACAGGUGAGGUAGCUACUGUUUUCAACUUUGGCAUAAAUCCCAAAAUUUUUAUUUUGCAUAAUUUUAAUGAGAGAAUUUGUGUAUAUUCUGACAAGUUCAUGAUUAAGUGUAAAACACUUUGCUAUGUGUGAAAGUAAAGUAAAGAGUCCAAGAAUAUGAGGAAGUUUCAUCACUUACCACUCAUAAGUGUUCUGAUCUUUUCCUUUCUUUCCCAAUCUGUAGUAAAUAAGAAAAAUGAAAAGGAAAUACCUGAUACUGGAGAGAUGUUUUGAAUCAUUUAUAAAAGUAACUUAACUGCAAUCACAGAGGAACCUGUUGAGACAAUUUGUGGCGAAUACAAUCUACUCUUGCUGCCCUUUUACUCCUUUUAGUGUUGAUUAAUGCUUCUUUACAGAAGUGUUUUCAGAUUUACAUUUUGUUGUCUUAGUUCUCUUGGGCUACUUAUAAGAAGCUAUACAGCAAAACUUUGGCAUAAAUGGACUCCAUUCAAAAGACAAAAACUAAUUUCAUUCACUUGACAGAAAAAUAGUAAUACCUACCAUUAUACCAAAGGUACAUGUAAUUUAGUGAGGUUUGCCAAUGGUCUUCUUUAGGCUUUACUCUCUGCAGCUGAGCCUGACGACCCUCAAGAUGCAGUUGUAGCUAAACAGGUAACAAACAGAUAGUAAAAUGGUCUCAUUGUGCAGUAGUUAGGUCACUGAGGUAAUAUUAAGCAUAAAAUAUUCCAAACACACUAUUAGAGAGCCCAGUGUCUGUUGUUGCAAAGGAGAUGCCAAAUUUCUCUGUGUUUCAGUCUGUCUUGCUUCCAAUAACAAUGCCAAAAUGUUUAUGACUACAUUUGUCCUUCACUGCAACAUGUCAAUUGUUUGGUCCUCCUAUUUAAGUAAAUUUAAGCUUUCUCUUAGCUGUUCUUGGAAAUUAAGGGUACACUUAGUAUAAAUGAUGGUAGAUAGUCAGGAGACUAAAAAAAAAAAAAAACAACAAAAACAUGUUAAGAGUCUAUCAUUUUGUUGAAUGCUCUGAUAACUAUACUAUUUAACCAUUUUACACAAAUUCAACAUAUUCUUAGUAAUUGACAUAAUCUGCUUAAUAACAUUGUGUCAAGGCCAGGUUUGGUGCUCAUGCAAGUUAAGGUUUUAUUUGGCUCUGUAGCAAUAAAAUCAAGUCAUCACUGCUAAUUGCAUGAAUAAAGCAGAUUUGUUCCUUUUUUGUAUCAAUUUUUCAGAUUUUUGUUAUUGGCUAUAGUCUUUGUGACAUCAACUCUCUUUGGUUUCAAAAAUUUGGUUAUCUUUUUGAACCUUGACACGAGUUAAUUUUGACUGAUGUUAAUGUGCUUGAUUGGUUAGCUCAGGAAGUAAUUAUCAACAGUAGAUUUAAUUGUGUUUUCUUAGUCAUUUUUAUCAAACUUCUUUAAUGAUUCGUUGUGUUGUUUUACAAGUAUAAAGAACACCCUGAAGUGUAUUGGAGGACAGCAAAACACUGGGCUGAAGAAUAUGCUGGAGGUAGGUUUCAAAUCAAAGUCAAAAUUUGAGUACAGAUGAGUACAGUGCCAGGAGACAACAUUAAUUUUGUUGAUUUGAAAUUACUACAUUUAAACAUUUAACACCUGUAAGGAUUCAUGUUUUAAUUUAACUUAGCCUUACUGACUAAAAAUAAUUAUAACUACUAAGUUUUCACAUGGCAAGUGAUGUGUAGAGUAGGACGCUAGUUAUUGUGUGUUACAAAUGAAGUAAUAAAAGACUACAAUGAGUAUCAAUGUGUAUUGGAAAUUCAUGACAUUAUGGCCAGUCCUUUUUUAAAAGCAUUUUAUUGCUCUCACUCUGCCUAAUGUUUCUUCUUUUGACUUUUGGUCAUCCAGCUCCCUCUUCGCACAAUGUUGAUUUUGAACAGAAAAUAUUGCGAUUGACUUCAAUGGGGUUUACCAAGGUCAGUAUUUUACCACAACUGUAAUAAUAUAGACUUAUUUAAUACUUGGUGUUAUCUUUUCAAAAAAAUUGAUACAAUGAAGAAAUUUUCUUCUCCUGCUCUCUUAUUAGUCCUCUUAAGCAAAGUUUGGUUUAUAUUUAUCAUAGGCAUAUUACCUUGGACCUCAAACCAUUCAAUUCUAAGUUCUCUUAGAAAAAUGUUUUCAUUUAUUUUUGAUAUUUCUGUUGUAGUCAAUUUUAAAAGAGUCAGAGAAUGUUUUCUGUUCUUUUUUUUUGUAAUGUCUACUUUUAUUUUCUUUGUAAAUAGAUGCAAAGUUUAGUAGCCCUGUCAACACAUUCCUGGAAUUCAGAAAGAGCUGUUGAGUCUUUACUCAGCAGCUGACAGGUUUGCUCUUGCGCAGUGUUUCCUUCCUAGAAGUCCUUGUAGCAGCAGAUAUGGAAUCACAAGAAAGCAAGCUAGUUUGGACAAAGGGCUUUAUGUAAACUUUUAGACUAGUUAAUCAUUCUGAAAGAAAUAUAAUUACACAGUUGUACUGCAUAGUUUCUUGAUUAAAGAAGAAGCUAGUAUGCUCCAGAAACUGUAUUUUCAUGGCCUGACUGUAGAAAAGCCAUAUGAAUUUAAAUAAUUUACUUCUUACAGCGCUUUGAGAUUGUUAAGACUUUCCCAACCAUUAAAAAAUUGUCCUCAUUUGGGCUGGAAAUUUAAAUAUAGAUGCUGUCCUUUAGAAAUCAACUUGGCCUCCAGACACCCAAGUGGUAAGAAUUGCAUUACAUGACUGCUGCUGCUCUGGUUAUCACAAAAACUGAAAUAAAAAAAAAUAUUGUUUGAGUAAGUGAUACCUUUAUAUAUCACUUCUAGACAGAUAGAUGGAGAAAGUGGGUGUUAUUUUGCAGAUGAGCAGCCAGAUUGUUACGUAAGGUACAAAAAUGCAGUAUCUGUAAGUAUAUUUAAGCACAUCUGGAGACUAUUGUUUGAAAGGUCAAGCUCCUCUUUGGAAAGUUCACAACUGGGGGGCAAUGCUGGACAUUGACACACACUAUCACAACUAGGCAACAGAAGAUUUCAAUGUGUGGAUUAGCCACUAUGGCAAGUAAGGCAAGAGAAAUGGGGAAGAUAGCAUUGUUUUUAAAUAAAUAGCCCAAUAAAACAAAGUAAUGUAACAAGUAUUUCUCCCUACUACAUCAAUACAUUGUCCUUUAAAGAGGUUAUGAGGAGAAAGACACUCGCCAGCUAAAUGAAGUUAUCCUGUCAUAACACCACAGCCCAUAGUUGAUUUACUAAAAAUGUUUGAUAGCUGAAAAGGAGAGUUACAAAUCAGAUAAGAGGAAGUGUGAAUAACAACUAGGCAAAUAAUGUAACAUUUAUGUUUUGGGUUAAUAUUACAACAGAAGAUGACUGUAUCUGAUAAUUCAUGCAUCUUAAUCACCCUGCUAUUAGUAAUGUUUAGUCAAUAACUUGGCUGAUGGGUUUUUUUAUUUCAUUUUUGUAUCAAUACGGACAAAGAAACUUGUGAAAUGAAGCGUGAAUUUAGUUAGGAUCUUGGAUAGUGGAUUGUUGAAAGUAGCAACCAUGUACCCUGAGUGAACUGAACAAAGAGAAGUGCAAAUAAUUAUCUUGCUGACUCAUACCAAAGCCUAAAAAGAGGUGUUAUUGGCUAAGUAGACCUAAGUUGCCCCAGUAACAGUUUACAAAUUAACUUAAGAAUAGUGGUCUGAAGUACUCUUCUAUUGGAUACAGCUUGUCAAUGGUUGUGUGUUGCCGAAAUGAAUACCUUCGGUUAUGGCAAGAAAUAGACAAAUUUGAAACUUUACUGGAGAAACAGCAAAUUAGCAUGGAAAGUAAAUUGUCAAAUUGUUGUCACUUUCCUCAGCAGAAAGUCAGACGGAAAGU